CUGGACAGCCACCGGUGGACCGACGUGCAAUGCAGAAGCAUAUUUGCCUCGUCACUCUGUGGUGAUGCGGCCGAUUGGUUUUCGGAGGUGCGGGCAUUUCAACCUGGCCUGACACUCGAGCUGUCUGGGGAAAUACUCGUCGAGAAAUACAAGCCGAAACUCCCAGAGCAUGAGCUGCUAAACUGGCUGAUGAUGGAACAAAAGGCGCGAGGCGAAACGUAUCAAGUGUACGCGCAGCGGCUGCUCAACAUGGCGGAUUCGCUCCCUGGUGGUCUCUCCACCGAGGCCAACGCGCGUUAUGCGAUGCACACCUUCAUCAAGAGGGCGUACUACAAGUACUCGGACGAGUUAAAAUCAUUCGUGGAAAGAUUGCCUCCGACAACCUCCGCUGUGACCAAGUUACAGCGACUGGUCGAUCACUUAGCGUACAUGGCCGAGUGCGACGGUCAGUUG